ACAAAUCAAGGUUUUGAGUUGAUUUCCCGUCGCUAUUGUUUUAAGGCAAAUAUGAGUUUCAGUUCUUUGGCGGCUUUCGUCGUUAAAAGGCUAAAUGGUAAAGUGGCAUUAAUAACAGGUGGAGCCAGUGGCAUCGGCGAGAGCACGGCGAAGCUUUUCGUUCAACACGGAGCCAAAGUCGUCAUCGCCGACAUCCAAGAUGAACUCGGAAGCUCAAUAUGUGAAAAAAUCGGCGAUCAUGAAACCAUUUCCUACGUUCAUUGUGACGUCACCAGCGAUUCAGAUGUUCGAAACGCCGUGGAUUCAGCCGUUUCAAAGCACGGGAAACUCGACGUCAUGUUCAACAACGCCGGAGUAGGCAAUUUGGGGAGCAGCAUCAUUGAUUCAAGCAACGAAAAUUUCAAGAGAGUUAUGGAUAUCAACGUGUACGGCGCAUUCCUAGGCGCCAAACACGCCGCCAGGGUCAUGAUUCCGGCGAAGAGAGGCUGCAUUCUCUUCACCGCUAGCAUGAUGUCGGUGAUCGGCGGUUUCGCCGAUCAUUCUUACGUGGCGUCGAAGCAUGCGGUGGUUGGAUUGGCUAAGAAUCUGUGUGUGGAGAUGGGGCAGUAUGGGAUUAGGGUCAACUGCGUUUCGCCGUUUGCGGUGGCGUCGCCGUUGUUAAGAAAGGAAACGGGGAUGGAGAAAGAAGCCUUGGAAGGCUUGAUUUCGGAAGCGGCGAACUUGAAAGGGACGGUGUUGGAGGCGGAGGAUGUAGCGGCGGCGGCGUUGUAUUUAGCCAGCGACGAGUCCAAGUAUUUGAGCGGUGUUAACUUGAUGGUUGAUGGAGGAGUUAGCAUCACUAACCCUUCGUUGCAAAUGGCAGUCAACAGCGCUAUGUCCUAAUUUCGUGUUACUUAGAUUCCAUUAAGGACUAAAAGUCUAAAAUAAGUGAUUGACUUGGGGACUAAAUUAAAAUAAAUCAAUUUCGGGAUUAAUGUAGAACCAAAUUGAAAAUAGUUGUUAAUUUUAGGGAUUAGAUAUUGUUUUAUCCCAUAAUUUUUCAAACAAAUGGGUAAAUUACA